AUGGCGAAGCCGAAGAAGUCCCGGAACUCCGCCCCAGAUCCAUCGGUCGCCGCCCAGCUCCCAUGGCGUCCCUCAGCGCCGCCGCUCGCCACUUUCCUCCUUAUCUCCUUCGCUGCCCUCCUUCUCCGCGCGCUUGUCUCCGUCGGACCCUACUCGGGUCAGGGCGCAGCACCCAAAUUCGGCGACUACGAGGCUCAGCGGCACUGGAUGGAGCUCACCCUCCACCUCCCCUCCUCCGACUGGUACCGCAACACCUCCGACAACGACCUCGCCUACUGGGGCCUCGACUACCCGCCCCUCUCCGCCUACCAGAGCCGGCUCCACGCCCACCUCAUCAACGCCUCCCUCCCCGACGCUGUCGCCCUCCGAUCCUCUCGCGGGUUCGAGUCCCAAGAAUCGAAGUUGCUUAUGCGGUGGACAGUACUCUCGUCUGAUCUCAUGGUGUUCUUCCCCGCGGCGUUAUGGUUCGUGUGGGCGUACAUGAAGGAUGGGGUUGGCGGUAGUGGGGAGAGGCGUGAGGGGUGGACGUGGCUGCUCGCCAUGGUUCUUCUCAACCCGUGUUUAGUAUUAAUCGACCACGGCCAUUUUCAGUAUAACUGCAUCAGUCUUGGGCUGACACUCGGAGCGAUUGCUGGUAUUCUGUCAAGGAACGAACUUGUUGCUGCUGCUCUCUUCAGUCUUGCAAUUAACCAUAAGCAGAUGAGCAUGUACUUUGCGCCAGCUUUUUUUGGGCAUCUUCUUGGAAAAUGCCUGAAGCGGAAGUAUCCAAUUGUUGAGAUCAUGAAACUUGGUUUUGUUGUACUGGGAACUUUUGCUCUUGUUUGGUGGCCUUAUUUGCAUUCUUAUGAGGCUGCCAUGCAGGUGAUCUCUCGAUUGGCUCCGUUUGAGAGAGGUAUAUAUGAGGAUUAUGUUGCAAAUUUCUGGUGUACCACCUCAGUUCUUAUCAAGUGGAAGCGAUUGUACGCAAUAAAAUCGCUGAAACUUAUGAGUCUUUCUGCUACCAUCCUGGCUUUCUUGCCUUCAUUUAUUCAGCAAGUCAAGUCACCAAGUAAUCUUGGCUUCCUCUAUUCUCUGUUGAACAGUUCGUUCUCUUUCUACCUAUUCUCGUACCAAGGUAUGUUCUACUGCUGGGUUGAUACUCUUUUUUUUGCAAGUAUAUGUGAUGUUUCUUUGAUCUUCAUGUUUCUUUGUUUUAUAAUUGCAGUGCAUGAGAAAUCAAUUUUGCUUCCUCUUUUACCCGCAAGCCUUUUAGCAUUACACGAACCUCACCUGCAUGGAUGGUUCACGUACUAUGCACUUUUUUCGAUGUACCCACUUAUCUGCCGUGAUCAGCUUCUUCUACAAUAUAUAGCUGUUCUUGGAUUAUUCGUUCUUAUUUACUACUCACCUGGUGGAAACUAUGGAAAGGGGAUGAAAAUUUCGUCUGGAACAAUGGCAGUUCUGAGCCUGCCAUUGUUAUGCUCGAUCUUACUUCACACCAUGUAUCUGCAAAUAGAGCCUCCAAAGAGGUAUCCCUUCCUCUUUGAUGCACUGAUAAUGUUCAUCUGCUUCUCACAGUUUAUUAUUUUGACCCUGUACACAAAUUAUAAGCAAUGGAUGUUGGACUUCCACCCUAGACAUGUAGGUAGCAAGAAGGACCUAUGA